CGCUUGGCCAAAAUAUCGGCGAGUGCAGUUAACGUCGGUAUCUGCACGGUUUCGCAUCGGCGGCGCCGUCAGUUGUCGAGCAGCGGUCCAACGGUGCGUAUGCGUAUUUUAGGCGGCUAACGGUCCACGGUGCGUAUGCGUGUUAUUUGACCCACAGAAGUGAAAUAGUGGUGUCUGUUGUUUCGUCGCUUUCGUCGCUUUCGUGGUGUCUUCCUCUUGUUUGUUGUGAGUCGACUUCUUCGCGCGAAUUGAAUUCAUUUUUUUUUUUUGGUCACUCUAAUCGACUGCGCUACUUGCUCGACUUUGUUUUUUUUUCAAUUUUUGUUGUUUGUUUUGGGUUCGAUUUGUAUGGAAUAAAUAUAAUAAAAUCAGCAAAUAACCAAGGCAAGACCCUAGUGAAAAGUGUGUGAGUGAAUAUAUCCGAUGGAGAGAGGGAGAGUGUGUGCAAUGUCGGUAUUCGGUUACCAUUGAUAAAUGGCAAACAAAUUGAAUGGCAAUGGCCGGUGAAUAUUAAAAGCGCCCAUACAAAUAAAAAAAAGAAAGUAGAGAAAGGAAGGAAAGAAAGAAAAAACACCGCUACAAGCCGAAAUCAAAUCACACGUGUCAUAUCCGUUUCGUUUUUGGGAAAGAAUAUCUCUGAUCGUAAAUUUAAUUGUAAGAAAGCGUUAAUUCGGUUAAGCACUUAAAGCAAACUGAGGUCCACAUGGACUGCCAGUUGGCCAGCCGGAGUUGGAGCGAUGCUGCGUUGACAGGAGCCACAUCAUCAUCAUCAUCAUCAUCGUCAUUGGGAUCGUGGGCAUCGGCGGUGUGCUCAUCAAGAACCAUUGAAGGAGCACAAGAACGCUGGACAAAUUGCACCUGCCUAGUCUGAGUUGACCACAUCCGGAUUGAAUUUGCCAUUUAUCCGGAAAGCUUUCACAUCGAGAGCAGGACCAUCAUCAUGUCCAGCAGUCAUUCCGGAACAAUUGGCCGUAAACGCGUGGGCAGCGGCAGUGCGGCCGGCAGUGAAUAUUACUACGCAUCCGGCGGACUUGGCGGACUCACUGGAUCGUCGAACGGUGGCGGCAACGGUGGCGGGGAGCAACUGCGUCGACAGCGUUCCGCCGAGUGGCACAGCCACGGUCGUCACGGUCACGGUCAUGGCCUGAGUCAUGGCAUGGGUCAUGGCAUGGGUCACGGCUAUGGGAGCAGCAGCGAGGAUGAGUACCAGAAUACCGGACAGGCGACGGCAUUCGAUACCCAACUGCUCGCCCAGCUGCUGUUGCAGAGUCAGCAAUUGGCAAGCAUGGAGCAUUAUAACUCAGACUGUGAGCCGGAUUACUUGAGGCAACGCGAUCGUCACCACGAGGAGGCCACGCCCCUAGGCGAUGGCACGCCCACCGUGACGGCCGCCGCCCCCGAGGUAACCUAUGCGCAGCCGCACCAGCAGCGCUCCACGAUGCCGGCGGGUUCACCACUGAAAGUAUCCACCGUUUCGGCGGGCAAAUACCAAUCGAAUGCCAAUCUGGGCCUGUUUCCCAACAGCAGCAGCAGCGGCGGCAGUAGUGUGCAAAACGGAGUCACCGCCCACACGCCGCGCAGCACAAAUCCCUUCCUGAACGGCUCCACCAAAUUUGCCAGCGACGAUGGCGGUCUGGAAAAUAUCAAUAUGCUGAAACCAUCGGCCUCCUCCUCGACGGCGGCGUCGUCGAGCAUUCGCAGCAGUCAUCGCAAUCGGAAUGCAUUGAAUCGCCUCAGUGGCAUGACCAGUUCCAGCAGCGAUUCACAGACCCACCAUCACCAGCAACAGCAACAGCAGCAACAGCAGCAGCAGCAACAGCAACAGCAGCAGCAACUGCAAAUUUCGCAGCAGCAGCAACAGCAGAUUGCUGCAGUUAAGCAGCAGCAACAAAUGCUGCCGCCGGAGGACAGCGGCGAUGAUGAUUUCGUCCUGGGACUGGGAUCCCUCGAACUGGGCAACUGCAGCAGCGGGGGAGAGUCCGAGGAACCGCCGCCGGAACCGGCGCCACCCGAAAUUCCGCCGCGCACCCAAUCGCUACUCAUGUCCCUUCGCAAGCAUUCCGACUACAAGCUGAAGUACGAGGAGAAGGGUGACCAGAAGCACGAGGAGUUCAUUCCCACCAGUCAGCUGCAGAAGGAUUAUAUUCUCAGCGAUAACCUCCGUUCAGAUCAGCAACUUAAGCCUAUAUCACCAGGCGACUCAAAUGGACUGGGCGGCCACCCACAACAGAUGCCGCAGAGUAUGUCAACUGGCAGCAACACAAUCGGCCAUGGUGGCAUCGAUCGCGGCGGCGUUGGACUGCCAAUGGGCGCUGGCACGAUGCCCGGCGGUGUGGGCGGUGGACCGGGGGGCGUGGCCGGUGGAGGACCCCAGGUGGGAGUCGGUCCACCCGGGAGCGGUAACGGUGGCAAUUGCCAGAUAAGCGGCUCACAGCCGCUGGUCAUGCCCGGAUUCCCGUUGCGUAAUUCCCACUCAGCGCACGCACCGCACUAUUCGCCAUAUUCGCCAUCCAGGUUUCACAUAGAUAAACGCUGUCAGCACCGAUGUUCCUGGAAAUGCUUGAGCAUCGCCUUAAUAUUCGUAUCCGUCGUCCUAACCGCCAUGUUGGCGUACUUUGCAGCUGUCAGCUCGAUGAAACCCAACAUGGACAGCACCAACUGCAUCCUAGUCCAGGACGUGAAGUCACAGCCCCACGAUCUGCGCGGCGGAUUGGCCAAGUCCAAUGAGAAGGGCGUGGCAACGGCCUUCCCCACGGAGGAAUCGAUUCAGACCAGCACCUCGGAUCACGGCCAGAAUGGACACGGACUGAUGAACCCGUCGGCGGGCAGCGGAGGCAGCAACUCGGGCAUUCAGCAGCAGUUGCUGCUGCAGCAGCAGCAGCCGCAUUCGAUCAACCAGCCGCUUACCCCGCUGGACGCGACCAAUACCCAUCUGCAGGAUCACCAUCAGCUGACCUACGGUGGCGCAUUGCCUGGUGGUGUUGGCGGGAUUGGUAUGAGCGGCGGUGGCAUAAUGAAUGGUGGACUGAAUGGCGGACUGGGUGGCCAGUUGAUGCAGCAACCGGGUGGCGGCUUGAAUGGACACCACCAUCAGGCGCUGCAGCCGCAACUGGGCGGUGUGGUGGAGCUGAAGGAGUUCAACGAGGCCUACCAUGCCACCAUACCCGCCUACCAGUUCUGGACCUUGGAAUUCCGCAACAAACAUCCCGCAUUCAUUCGCUUCAAUUUCACUCUGCCCUGGGGCGCACACUUUGCGGUCUAUUCGCGUCGCAAUGUGGCGCCUUCGGUGACGCAACACGAUUUUGUGGAGUUCAUCAAGGGCGGACGACUUGAUAGCCAUCUGAGACAUCGACGCAGUUCCGCGAAUGCCACCACAACUGGGCAAGAUAUGGAGCUGUAUCGCCAGGACAAGGACCAGAGUGCGGAAUCGGCUCAGGAUCAGGACUCGGAACAGGACGAGAGUCGCAGUUUCGAUUCCAGCGAAUCGUACGAUGUGGAGACACCCCUCGAUACGGCCAAACAGCAUCUGCAACGGAUUGGCAAGCCCCAAAGUCACUGGGUGAACAAACGAUCCGCUGGCGAUGGCCUGCCCGCUCUGGAUGUCGAUGCCAUGACGGUGAAUGUAUCCCUGCUGCAGUACUUGGACACCGGCUUGUGGUUCAUAUCCGUCUACAAUGACGAGCUGGUGGCCCAUUCCGUAUCAUUGCUGGCCGAGGAGGCCGAGGGCGUGAGUACCACAUGUCCCAACGAUUGCUCCGGCAGGGGAAGCUGCUAUCUGGGCAAGUGCGACUGCAUCGAUGGCUACCAGGGCGUGGACUGUUCCAAGAGCGUCUGUCCGGUUCUGUGCUCGGCUCAUGGACACUACGGCGGUGGAGUGUGCCACUGCGAGGAGGGCUGGAAGGGCGCCGAGUGCGACAUUCCGGUGGGCGAGUGCGAGGUGCCCAACUGUUCCAGCCAUGGACGCUGCAUCGAGGGCGAGUGCCACUGUGAGCGCGGCUGGAAAGGACCCUACUGCGAUCAACACGACUGCCUGGAUCCUUUGUGCUCCGGACACGGCACCUGCGUCGCCGGACAAUGCUAUUGCAAGGCCGGAUGGCAGGGCGAGGAUUGCGGCACGAUCGACCAGCAGGUGUACCAGUGCCUGCCCGGCUGCUCCGAGCACGGAACCUACGAUCUGGAAACGGGACAAUGUGUGUGCGAACGCCACUGGACGGGGCCCGAUUGCUCCCAAGCCGUCUGCAGUUUGGAUUGCGGCCGGAACGGAGUGUGUGAGUCCGGAAAAUGCCGUUGCAAUUCCGGAUGGACGGGCAAUCUGUGUGACCAGCUGCCAUGCGAUUCCCGCUGCUCGGAACACGGACAAUGCAAAAAUGGCACCUGCGUUUGCUCCCAAGGAUGGAAUGGUCGUCACUGCACGCUGCCUGGCUGCGAAAAUGGUUGCUCUCGACAUGGGCAAUGUACGCUGGAGAAUGGCGAAUAUCGCUGCGAUUGCAUUGAGGGAUGGGCUGGACGUGAUUGCUCCAUCGCACUGGAGCUGAACUGCAAGGAUAAUAUCGACAAUGAUGGCGACGGAAUGACCGAUUGCUCGGACAGCGAGUGCUGCUCACAUCCCGCCUGCUCGGAGCACAUAAUGUGCCUAUCGUCCAACGAUCCCGUGGAGGUCCUGCUGCGUAAACAACCGCCUUCGGUGACCGCAUCCUUCUAUCAGAGAGUCAAAUUUUUGAUCGAGGAGAACUCGGUGCAGUCGUAUGCCCACAUGGACGAGUACAGCGAGAAUCUCUUCUGGAGCUCGUUCACACCUUGCCGUGUAUCCGUAAUGCGUGGCCAGGUGAUAACUCCGCAAGGACUCGGAAUUGUUGGCAUUCGAGUAUCCGUGGAUCGCGAUUCCCGAUUUGGAUUCACACUAACUCGUCAAGGAGGCUGGUUCGAUGUGCUGGUGAAUGGCGGCGGAGCGGUGACCUUGCAGUUCCAGCGCUCCCCCUUCCGACCUUUGACCCGUACCGUCUUUGUGCCCUGGAACCGGAUCGUGGUCCUGCCGCCCGUGCAAAUGCAGCUCAGCGACGACGACGAGACGACCAGCAGGAAUAUCAAAGUGGCUCCACUAAAUCCCGCCCUGACGUUCCUCAACUCGAUCCACUAUCACACGGCGGACGAGGCCAACGAUGCCAGCAAGGUGUGCAUGGAUCACGACCACGAGAAGCUGCGUCCCCAGCUGAUCAGCACCUGGAUGCCCAACGGAGUGGGCGCCAUGCCCGGCAAAAGGGUCAUCUUUGCCGAGACUCAGAUCGUCCAAGAAUCCAUCCAGAUUCCGGGCUCGGACCUCCACCUCACCUAUCAGUCCUCGCAGGCCAGUGGCUAUCUGAGCAUAGUGCGUAUGCGCCUAACCGGCGAAACGAUACCGCCCACUCUGACCCACGUGCAUGUGGGUGUGGAAAUCGAGGGAGCCCUUCAUGUAAAGACCUACGAGGCAGAUCCCAGUUUGGUGCACACCUUCGCGUGGAACAAGCGCAAUGUCUAUCGGCAAAAGGUGUACGGAGUGACUGUGGCCCGCAUUUCGGUGGGCUAUCAGCACAGCACCUGCCAAUCGCCCGUUUGGAUUGCCCAGACGGCCAAGCUGCAGGGCUACGAUGUGGAUAUAUCCGAUAUCGGUGGCUGGGGACUGGACAUUCACCAUCAUUACAACUUCCACGAGGGUAUACUGCAGAAGGGCGACGGCAGUACGCUGCACAUGAAGGAGUAUCCGAGAACCGUCAAGGUGGUCAUGGGCACCGGUCUGCAGCGACCACUCACCUGUCCGGAUUACUGCAAUGGUGUGGCCAAGGAUGCCAAGCUGCUGACGCCCAUCGCCCUGGCCACCGGACCCGACGGCAGUCUCUAUGUGGGUGACUUCAAUCUGGUGCGUCGCAUCACGCCCGACGGCAAGGUGUACACCAUUUUGCAGUUGAGCGCCACUCAGGUGUCGUAUCAGUAUUACUUGGCUGUUUCGCCAGCCGAUGGCCAUUUGUACAUAUCGGAUCCGGAGAGGCAUCAGAUCCUGAGACUUGUGCGACUGGAGAAGGUCAAGGAUCCCAGUAUCAAUAGUGAUCCCGUGGUGGGCAGUGGCCAGCGUUGCAUUCCUGGUGACGAGGGCAACUGCGGCGAUGGAGGACCGGCCCUAUUGGCCCGACUCUCGCAUCCCAAGGGCCUGGCAAUCGCCGCCGAUCGCACCAUGUACAUUGCUGAUGGCACCAAUAUCCGUGCCGUGGAUCCCAAGGGCGUCAUUCACACUCUGAUUGGCCACCAUGGCCAUCACAAUCACUGGAGUCCGGCUCCCUGCAGCGGCACCCUGAUGGCCAAUCAGGCGCAAUUGCAAUGGCCCACCGGACUGGCGCUUAGUCCUCUGGACGGAUCCCUGCACUUCAUCGACGAUCGACUGGUCCUGCGACUCACCUCGGACAUGAAGAUCCGCGUGGUGGCCGGCACACCGCUGCACUGCAGCAAUGGAGGACAGGAUGGCCGGGUGAACAAGACGGGAGCGGACAAUGUCCUGGGCACCGUCCUUGCUAUGGCCUUCUCGCCCUUCGGCAAUCUCUAUAUUGCGGACAGCGAUUCGAGGAGGGUCAAUUCCAUUCGCGUAGUGGACACAGCCGGAAAUAUGCGAUACUUUGCCGGAAAACAAGAGGGCACGGGAUCUCAGACGUGCGACUGUGCGAUUGGAGGCGGCAGCAAUGGCAGCGCUACCAACUCAGGAGUGGGCGGGGCCGGCGGCAGCGCCUACUCGACGACCGUCAAUCCAACGCGUCCAAAUGGCGGCACCACGCCCACCACCCCGUCGGGCGGAAACGGAAACGGAAAUGGCAACGGUUCGUCGGCGACCUCGUCCGGUGGCUCAGUGGGUGGCUCAAAUGGCAGCGGUGGUGGUGCAAACGGUGGUGCCUGCAUCUGUGCGGGCGGCAUCGCCCUGUCCACUGGAACCGGAUCGAGCUCCGGCAGCAACGGCGGCGGCACUCUGGCCAGCAUCGUCGGCAGCGGCGGUCUAAUGUCCACCGGACCCACCACCACCACCACGGUGCUCCUGGGCGCCAAGACCACGGCGGCGGGUAUAGGAGCGGCUACCUUGAACGACGACGGAACGCUCAGCAAUGCGGAGACGCUGCUAUCUUCCAAUGCACGAUUCCAGGCCAUAUCCGCCAUUGCGGUGGCGCAGGAUGGAGUCAUCAAUGUGGCCGAUCAAGGAUCUCUGCACGUUUUGGCCUUGGAGCACUAUUUACCCUCGCACGAUGAGAACGGCGAGUUCCACAUUCCCUUCCCGCCAUCGAGUGAGAUAUAUGUGUUCAACCGAUAUGGCCAGCAUGUGGCCACCAAGGAUCUGACCUCCGGUAAGACGCGCUAUAGCUUCCUGUACUCGAAGAACACCAGUUUCGGCCGAUUGUCAACGGUAACUGAUGCUUCCGGCAAUAAGAUUCAGUUCCUGCGCGACUACAGCAAUGUGGUUAGUUCCAUCGAGAACACACAGGAUCACAAAUCGGAGAUCCAGAUCAAUGGCAUUGGCAUCAUGACCAAGCUGAGCGAGAAGGGUCGCCAAGAGAUCGAGCUGGACUAUGAUAGUAACACGGGUCUGCUGAAUUCCCGAUCCUCUGGCGGUGAGACAUACAUCUAUCAGUACGAUGAGUUUGGUCGGGUCACUGGCAUGAUACUGCCCAGCGGUGAGAUCGUAAGAAUUACCUCCCAGCUGGCCGAUAGCCAGGGUCUUACAGUGUACGUCCAUGCCUCCGUGGAGUCCCUAUUCUCGAGGGAACGGAUCGCCGGCGAGGCCAAUGAGCUGCUGGUUCUGGGCGGAGUGCGAUCCACUUUUCUGAAACGCGGACAAGCCCACGCGGAUGCGGAACUGAAGGCUAACAACACCCUAGUGAUUCAUGGCGAUAAUGGCGUGGUAGUGGAGGCCUCUGCCGUGGCCAGACACCCACUGCUGGAGGCAGCUCUGCCCGUGGAAGCGGAAAUGCUGGCCAUGUGGUCACAUCAAAGUGUCACCAUGGGCGAGGGACUGACCAACUCAAUGUACUCCGUCUACAGUUUGGUGGGCGAUGUUAGGAAUCCGCAGCAGACGCUCAACCGUGAGAUUUGGGUCAACCAGUCGCGGGUGAUUGGCGUGGAGUUCGAUCAGUUCACCAACCGGGAGACCUUCUACGAUGCCCGACGCACCCCGAUCCUGAUAGUGGCCUACGAUCAGUCUGGUCUGCCCAAAUCCUAUUACCCGACCAAUGGCUAUCCGGUAAACAUCACCUACGAUCGAUUCAAUCGCGUCGAGGGCUGGGCCUGGGGUCCAGCAGAGCUCAAGUACAGCUACGACCGACAUGGUUUGCUCUCGGAGAUUACCUCGCAGCAGGAUGGCAUCGUGUCCUUUGUGUACAAUGACUGGAAUCUGGUCUCAGAGAUCGGAUUGGCUAGCCAGCGAAAGUUUGUGCUGCAGUACGAUGAUGCCGGCGGCUUGAGGCAUGUGGUCCUGCCCUCCGGGACUCGCCACAGCUUCAGCAUGCAGACCUCGAUUGGAUUCAUCCGCUGCACCUACACGCCGCCGGGCAGCACAAGAGCUUAUCUGCAGCACUACAGCCAUGCGGGAGCCCUGCUCCAGACGAUCCUACCGGGCGAUGGAGCUCGCAUCGUAUAUCGUUACAAUGCCGCUGGCCAGUUGACUGAGGUGGUCCAUGGCGAUGGAAGGAGUGAAUUCCAGUACAACGAGGCCACCGGAAUGCCGAGCACCGUUUCGCACACGGAACGUGAAUUGGAGUACCGAUGGGACUUCGAGUAUGCCGCUGGCUUGCUGGCCGAGGAGAGGAUCGAUUAUGUGGCCAAAACGGGACUGAGCAAUGCCAAGUUUAGCUACGAGUACGAUUCCCAGCUGCGAGUGGUGGCCCUGCAGGGCAGGAUUGGCGGUCAGAGUCUGCCGACGCAGGCCUUUGCCUACGAUCCGCGCACGGGAAGACCCAGCCUGAUUGGCCAGUUCCGAUUCUCGCAGCCGGCGCAGAAUCAAACCCAACUGCAUGAUGGAACCGCUAGCUUCACACGGACGGUCGAUGGACGCUUCCAGACGCAGCGAAUGGCCCUAGCCAUCCAUCGACUGGAGGUGUUCCGCAUGGAGUUCUCUUAUGGAGUGCACGGCAGGAUCUCCCAGACGCGCACCUACACGCGGAACAUGGCGGUGAAUAGCUAUACGAAUGUGAAAAACUACACAUGGGACUGCGAUGGCCAGUUGGUGGGCGUGGAGGCCCAGGAACCGUGGGGCUUCCGGUACGACGACAAUGGCAACCUGCUGUCGCUCACCUACAGAGGUAACACGAUACCGAUGGAGUAUAAUGCCCAGGACAGGAUUGUAAAGUUCGGCGAGGGGCAGUACAAGUACGAUGCGAGGGGUCUGGUGGCCCAAAAUGCCAGAGAAGAGCGAUUCCACUACAAUACCCAGGGCCUGCUUGUCCGCGCCUCCAAGCGGGGUCGCUUUGAUGUACGCUACUACUACGAUCAUCUGAAGCGUCUGACCACGCGAAAGGAUAACUUUGGCAAUGUCACCCAGUUCUUCUACACCAACCAGCAACGACCAUACGAGGUCAGCCAGAUAUACUCGCCGCGGGAUGGCAAGCUAAUGUCACUGACCUACGACGAUGUGGGUCAUCUAAUCUAUGCCCAGGUGUACCGACACAAGUACUAUGUGGCCACGGAUCAGAGUGGCACUCCAUUGAUGCUCUUCAACCAGUAUGGCGAGGGCAUUCGGGAGAUAAUGCGUUCACCAUUCGGUCACAUUGUCUACGAUUCGAAUCCAUAUCUGUAUUUGCCCAUCGAUUUCUGCGGCGGCAUUUUGGAUCAGGUGACCACGCUGGUGCAUAUGGGCGAUGGUCGAGUAUAUGAUCCAUUGAUUGGCCAGUGGAUGUCGCCGGACUGGCAGCGUGUUGCCGAGAGGAUUAUCACACCGACGCGACUGCAUCUGUAUCGAUUCAAUGGCAACGAUCCGAUUAAUGUCGGCCACGAACGUCACUAUCCAGAGGACUUUGCCGCCUGGAUGCGCACCCUGGGCUACAAUGUGGGCAAUCUGGUGCCACAAUUGGCCCGGGAUCUGUGGCAACCGCCAGCACUUUGGGGCCGACCACCCGCCAAUCCGGUGGCCCUGAAUCUGCGGCGACCCUUCGAUAACAUUCCCACUAUGGCGGUGGAGAGCGGUUUCUUGGCUCACCUGAACGUGCGCCGAAUGUCGGACUUUGAACAGCUGUCGGCACCACCGCGUUCCGCCCUCAAGUGCGAUGUGAUGGACCCAUCGCCCAAGACAAUCGGAUCCGAUACGGAGCCACCGUUUGGCAAGGGCAUUGUCGUCUCCCGUACCGCCGAUGGCCAAGCCAUAGUGUCCAGUGUACCAGCAGCGAAUGCCAUCUACCGUGAUGUCUACACUAGUGUAUUCAAUCGUUCCAAACUACUGCCAUUUACCUUUGUGGUUCACAAUGCCCAGCAGGACUCGUUCUUCUUCGUGAAGGAAGAUGCCUGGCGGGCCACCGAGGACCGGCAGCAGUUGAAGCGCCUGCAGGGUCAGGUGAACACCACGUUCCAUGAGAUCACAAGGGAGGCGACUGUGGGUAGUGGACCAGCGGGAGCAGCCAAUGGUGGUGCCGGCUCCUCAUCAUCCUCCUCGUCAUCAUCCGGUGGUGGCUCGUCCUCGAAUACGGGCAACUAUCUGGACGUUAAGAUUCACGGGGCACACGCCAUUAUUAAUCUGCGCUACGGCACCACCGUAGCCAAGGAGCAGCAGCGACUGAUGCACCAUGCCAAGCUGACGGCGGUGCGAAAGGCGUGGCACCGCGAAAAGGAGGCACUCCGCAGCGGACUGACCACGGCUCUCGAGUGGAGCCAACAGGAGACCGAUGAGAUCCUGAAGCAGAGCUAUGCCAAUAACUACGAGGGUGAGUACAUCCACGAUGUGAAUCUUUAUCCGGAACUGGCGGAGGAUCCGUACAACAUCAAGUUCGUGAAGAAGAAGGGCGCCACCGGCGGUGCGGCGGGAGUGCCCAAUUCGCGACGACGACGCCGCAGAUCCACCGAUCUAAUCCAGGAGGAAGAGGAGGAGCUCCACCGCGAAGCCGACUGUUAGCUUCGUAGGAAACCCGUAAAAACCAGCCACUAAAACGCGAGGAGCGCAGUGAAAACCGAAGAACAGGAGACAUAAUUAUUUAUAUUUAUACAUAUAUAUAUAUAAACAUAUAUAUAUAUAUAUAGUACAUAAAUCUAUGUUAUCGAACCAGUUUUUUGAUGUCAAGGAACAUUAUAUAUAUAUAUAUACACGUAUACAUAAAAUAUUUUUUUUUAUUGUUAGCCACUAGAGAAAAGUAAAGAAAGAAAAUUAAUGAAAAUAAAGAAAGCGACAUGCCAACAUAAUCCCAUGUAGCUGCAUGUACGUUUAUAUAUGUGUGUGUGUGUGACGUCAGCUAAGCCGCAGAUACAUUUACAGUACAGAUACAGAUUACAGAUACAGCCGCGUAUAUAGACGAAGUUAUAGAUAUACAGAUACAUAUAUAUAUACAUCAUAUAUAUAUACUCAUCAUAUAUAUAUAUAUGUAUAUAUAAUAUAUAUAUAUAAAGAUAAUGGAUAGUAUAGUGUAGUAGUCAUACGAGCAUAAAGCGUACCAUACAUACAGAACAUAUGUACAUGCAUACUCACCACAAUAAGGGGCGCAGGAGGAAAAUUAGCGGGGCGGGAAAUUUAUGGGAAUGGGCGUAUCAAAUUUUUUUUUGUGGUACUCGAGCUUUUUGAGACUGGCAUAGUUUUAAACAAAACCAAUUGAACGGCAACUGACCGACGGACCUUCAGGAGGUGAUCCCUUGGAUCUUCCAUUUGAUACCAACCAUCCAAUGUACAUAAGCAGAAAUGGAGAGAGAGGUGGCGGGAACGGAAACGAAAGUGGACAUUUUGAGGGACAGGCCCAGACCAAAACUCACACACACACACAUAUAGACACACCGACGGACUCACUACACUAGACAACCGGUUUUGGGGUUGUGGGAGAUUUUUGCUUAGCGAAAGCUUUCUCUCGUUUGCUUUGCACAGUGUCAGCUUUGAAAAUUAAAUGGAUAACAAAAAAAAAAAUAAAUAAGAAACGUAAUUAUAGAGAUCGAACAAGAAAAUGUAGCUGUUAGGUAAAAUGUUUUUUUUUUUUAAUAAAAUAUAAAAUGAUAUAUAUUAAAUAUAGAAUACACACACACACACACAUAUUUAUAGCGAGAAACCUAUAGCUGUAAUGUUCUUAUAGAUAAGUUUAAGUUUCGUCCUACUUAAUUAAUUAAUUUAUUCAUUAUUAUUGUUCAUACAUACAUAUAUGGCCGAGGCAAGGGCAAACACAUCCACAAUCCAAAAAAAAAAAGAAAAAAAAAAUAUUAAAAAGUAUAUAUCGAACUAAUUUUAAUUAUACAUAUUAAUGCUAUUAUUAUGUGGAAAGUGAAAUGUUUUGUUAUUAUUUGUAAGUCUGCUUUUCUCGAACUCAGCUCAAUGCGGCCCAAAUAAACUCAAAACCAUAAAACGAAUCGAAAUAAAUAAAGCUUAAAAACAGUAUUAAAAACAUCACAAACACGAAAUAGAUAUAUGAUUUCAGCUUUGGAACCCAGAUCGAGAUCGUUGAGCUUUCCGUCCAAUUUGAUUGAGAUUGCCAGGGAUCCAGACACAUAUAUUAGAUGCCAAUUAAAGUAGAACUUGACCGGAUUAGUUGACCAAUUUUGCUUCGCUUUAGAAAAACUCCACUUUUUGCAGCUCGAAUUUCACUUAUUUUCCAUGAAUUGGUGCUUAUCGAAUUUAUUGCCACAACUAUAUGUGUAGGUAUAGUUAAAUAAUUGCGUGUGUGUGUUGUUCGUUUCCUUGCCUCCUAGAAAAUAAGGGAAAACAUUGCUAAUAACAAAAUACCGUAGAAAAGGAAAACAAAAGAUUGCUGAAUUAGUUGCGAGCAAGCAAGAAAACGAAAUUUUAUAAAAAUUACCAACUCGAAAACCAGACCACAAAACGAGGCCAAAACGAUCGAUCAAUUGGACAAGAAGGGAGCAUUGGGGGGUGCCAGCCAAGUAGAACGCAGCUUAGAGCAGAAUGAGUGUCCGUAUGAGUGUCCGUUCAUUUAAGUGAGUAUUGUCCGCCAUAGAGCGAUUAGUAUCGCCAAAGGUAUACAGCUAAAUGUCCGCUCAAGAAGACAAUGUCCGCUCAAGAAUGAAAUUUUGUCCGUACAUCAGGAGAAAGAGAGUCCGCGUGCGUGCGAUAGCGUUAUAUCAAAAAAUAUGAAUGGAAAUUCGGUGUCUCCCGACAUUUGCCGGAGUAUCUGUGUAUAUAUAUUAAGGCUAAUCAAGGUAAACUAGUGUUAUAUCGUAUAUGGCACCGUGCAUCGUAAUCUCUAGUUAUAUACAAGAAACAAAAAAGAAACAAAAUAUACAAGCUCACACAGAAAAGUGUGCGAAAAUUUUUUUUGGCUUUUUUUUUCUCCAUCGUUGUCGCGCCUAACUAGAUGUAAAAUAAACGAGACAAACUAUUGGAUAAAUGGCAUAUAUAAAUAUAAAUAAAUAUAUGUAAUAUGUAUAGGAGUCUACAUGUUAGUUGUACGUGUGCGGGGUACCACUGUACUUUCCGCUCGAAUUUCUCCCAUCUGGUUUUUGAUUCGUUUCCAUUUCCGUUUCGUUGAUUGGCAAACCAAAACAAUUCGAAAAAAGAGCAGGAGUCAGUUACCUAUUAGAAUUUGGCAAGCAUAAAAAGCAAACAAGCAACAAAAUGAAAACAAACAAACAAAAAAAACGAAAUGAAAUUGCUUCAAAAGCAAACAAAAAAAAGAUAAACAAAUGGCACACUAAAAUAAAUAUUAUUGAUUAGAGCAAACUAUGAAAUGGCUUGAGAACGGAGAAACCGAAAUAAAAUAAAAGUAAAAUAUAAAACAAAACAGCAGACGCAGCAAGAAAUAUUUAUGUGUACAUAACUGAAAACCCAAGUAUUUUAGGAUAUUUAUGUUAGAGCUACACAAACUUCAACUUAAACCGAAGGACUAACUUACAACUAAACCUAAACUUAAUACUAAAAUAAUGCUAAAGUUGAAAGGCGAAAAAAAAAAUGAUGAGAAAUACUUAGCAAAUAAAGAAACAGGGAAACAAUUGAGAUAAAUUAACAUUUAAACGUUUUGCACACCACAAACAAAAUAAACAAGCUAAACAACAACUAUAACAGAGCUCACACAGAUACAAACACACCAUCCCACAUACACCGACAUAAUACAGAUGCAAGUACAUAUACACUCGACAGCAAAGCAAACAACAAAAUUUAGCAACAACAAGAAUUUAUGAGAUAUAAUAAACAAAUAAACAAAAUAAUAUAAACAAACCAACCAAAAGGCAGCGACGCAACAAGAAAAGUUGAAAUACUUAUUAUAAACAAAUAAACGCAGAGGAGAACAAUUUAAAAAAGAACAAAAAAAAAAUAAAAUAAAAUAAAAAGAAGAACAAAUUAUAUUUAUUAGACAAAAUAGCAGAGAAGAUGAAUCUGUAGUAUAUCGAACUAUGUAAUUCACAAAUAGUAAAUAAACCGAGGCAAACCAAGCAAACCUAAGGAGUAUUGUAGGGCAAAUUCAAACUAAUUGAGAAACGAACAGAAAACACCCCAACUUUUUUUUGUCUGUGUAAGCUUAGUGGAGAAUUCAAGGGUGGGCGGGGCGUACAACCCCCUCUACAACCCACGCAUUGUCAAUGCAAACGAUAAACGAUAAUCCCCAUUCAUCACCUAGAACCCCCUAGGCAUAUGCAUAUAUGUAUCUAUCGGUAAAUGAACAAUUAUAUAUGGCAUUAUAUUACCACAGCAGAACAGUAAACUAAAAUGACAUAAAAUAAAAGUAAUUACGAUAAUUAUUGCAAUAAUGAUAAUGAUAUACCAUAUAUGUAAUGAUUUCAACGCGAAACGAGAAUAUUUUAAGCGUAUUAAGUUGAACUAUAUUAUAUAUGAAAAUAUAUAAAUGGAUAAAAAACAAAAAAAAAAACAUGCGACAAGCGGUAAAGAUAAACCAAAACAAAAAAAAAAGAAAACCACACAACACAACUUCUGAGGAUAUCAAGGGUCUAAGAAUAAAUAAAACUAAUGAAUUAAUUAAAAAUAAAUAAAUGAAUAUGAAAACU